UGUGAAUGUGUCGCUCUUUAGACAGCGCCAGCAGUGUGAGUAUUAAUGUUUGUGGUGAAAUAACUCAAUAAACUGCCAAAAAUAAUCAUCAAAUCAUCAAUAACUCGAUCGGAUGUGACGAAUUCACCGAUCAUGGAAGCAAACGCGUUUUCACGUGAUUUGGGAUAGAAAGUAAACAUCAAGAAUUACUCACAUACACCAUUACACUAAUAAACAUCAAAUAUCUGACACACACACACACUGACACAAACACACACACACACAUACUUACACACACUGACACACAUUCACUGACACACACACACACACACUCAUUGACCGACACACACACAUACUUACACAAAUAUACACACACACUGACACACAUUCUCUGACACACACACACACACACACACACUACUUACACACACAAAUAUACACAUUCACUGACACACACACAUACUUACACACACAAAUACACACACACACAUACUUACACACACAAAUAUACACACACACUGACACACAUUCACUGACACACACACACACACAUACUUACACACACACACUGACACACACACAUACUUACACAUUGACACACACACUCACACAAACACAUACAUACUUACACACUGACACAAACACACACUGACACACACUCACUGACACACACACUGACACAAACACACACUCACACAAACACAAACACACACACACACACACACUGACACAAACACACUCACACAAACACACACUGACACAAACACACUGACACACACACACUCACAUGAACACACACUGACACACUCACACUGACACAAACACACACUCACACACUGACACAAACACUCACACAAACACUGACACAAACACACACUCACAUGAACACACACUGACACUCUCACAUGAACACACACUGACACACACACACUCACUGACACACUCACACUGACACAAACACACACUGACACAAACACACACACACACACACACACUGACACAAACACACACACACUGACACAAACACACUCACACACACACUGACACACUCACUCACUCACACACACACACGCAUCAUGGGCUCAUCUGUCAGUGAACCCUGUAUUUAUGAUAAGUUAUCAGAGAGUAUAGAUAUUCUACGGCAGUCCGGUUAUCGUUAUGGGAUGUCCGAGAGAGAGAUCGAGAAGUUCAUCAAGCAGGUUUUAGAGACGAAUGAACCUCUACGUGACCCGCCGCAGUUCCCCAUCCUCAGAGCGACUGUCAAGUUUUUAGUUGCUGUUGGAGUUUUGUUGAUCGCAGUUUUAGCGUUCACGUACCCGCAGAGCCCCUCUCUCCUUGGGACACUGAGUGCUGCGGGACACAACUGGUCAUCUCCGCUCAGUCACGUGCGUCUGCUGUCACUGCCCAUCGCGGAGAAAUACAAUCUGCACGGUUUUCAUGAGUGGUGGGCAGCUGGUGUUCUGCAGACAGUGCAGGUGAACUGCUCUGUAUGCGCAGACGUGACUGCAGUGCUGGAACUGACUGACAGUCUGAGCGAGUCUGCAGACAUACACAGAGAAGCACAACCAGUGCUGCUGAAGGGCGGAGAGUCUGUGUCUCAGCGAGUGUCUCAGCUGGAACAGUUUUCCUCCUAUAACUCCAGAUUCACGAGCGUCUCACGGCCGGACACAUUCAUGCAAACACCUGCCAACUUCACUCUGCUCUGGAGUUUUUCAUCUAGUCGCAGAGAGAGGUUUCUUAAGUGGUUAUUUCCUGAUGCGGAGCUUUGCCCCCUGCUGGACAACACAGGAACUACACUGCAACACUGCCAACUGACUGACAACACAAGCUCCCGGAGCAGGAGAGUGCAGGUUCUGGGUUGGCUGAUUGUUGCAGACGGUUCUCCAGCCGUUCGGAUUCUUCCUGUUCAACAAUGCCAAAAACACUGCAGCUCCUUCAACCUGUGGCUGGAACCAGGAGAUACAGUGUACGCUGACCCGCGAUACUGGCUGAUGGAGUUGUUUCCAGGCCGAGGUCAGAACAUCGUUUGUGACGUUCCAAUGCUCUGAGACUCACUCCUCUGUUCCAAUGACUGUCAUACUGAGUGUUUGACACAUUCCAGUCUCACCACAUCACUUCCUGAAAGACUCCACAAUUUAUAACUAACACAGAGAUUCACUCAAACAUCUACGUCCAUCCAGAGAUCUCACAACCUUCUCCCUUUCAGAAGAGAGUCGAUUAUUCGCUCUCUCAGCUGAGGAGAACAACAAGCAGAGAACCCUCAUUAAUCAAUGUUCUAACUUUGAGAUCUUCUUCUACUAACUCUAGUUCUUCUGCUCUCAGGUGUUGAAACUGCCCUUUUGAGUCCGAUAGCACUGAGCUAAAGAGACGUCAGCAGAUAUCAGGACAGCUCACGAGUCUCAGAUUGCUUUCAAGAAGUGGAAUCAGUUGUUUAGAUGUUUCUUUCUCAUUCUUUAGAUGCUCAAACAUGCAGAUGUGAUGGAUCUCAGUGGUUGUUCUGUUGAGCUUCUGUGAUGCACAUGUGAUUUUCAGUGAUGUUUUCUGUACUCUGUGUGUGUGAAUCUCAUGAAAACACGUUCAGGUCAUAUUCCACCUCUAAAACACAAGACAAACAUUAGAAACUGUAUUUUGCAGUACAGAAAGUAAGCCAGUACAGGACCUGUUUGAUGUUCUGCAUUGUGACGUUAUUUUCAUGACAAUUAAGCACAUUUUUUUCUCGCAAAAUUCUAGUUCUUGUAAAGCAAAAAUAAAAUAAUGCUAUAAUAUUUAAAGAAAAAUAUAUAUGAUAUGUUUAAAAGAAAAAUUACAUUAUAGUAGUGUUUUGCUGCCUUUAUGUGAUUUUAAUAAGGAAAAGUUAUUCCGCACAAACAGAAUAAACGAAAUAUUUUUUUACAUUACGGCAAAAAAAAAAAAAAACUCUUUUUUUAUUUUUAUUUUUUUUAUUUUUUUU